CUAUGAAGGGAUUGCCACCCAAUGAAAUGAAGAAACGUUUCAUAGAUCUUAUGGGAUUACCGGAACCCCCUCCUACAACACCACCCGCACAAACAUUGUCCACACCAAAAAAAGUAUAAAACCAGCUGCUAAAACCGUUAAGAAACAUUAGAUGGCUGGAUGUAAGAGAGAGAGGAAGUACCGGGGAAGAGGGGUACUGUCAUCAAUUGCAAAAGUUGCAGGUUCAAUAGUUAAAAAGAGUGCUGGAAAAUUGGUGAACAAGGCAAUUGACAUUCUACCUGUUGAACUUCACAUCCCUGGUUACCAGUACUGUGGACCUGGUACAAAGCUAGAGAAGCGGUUGGCACGAGGCGAUCCCGGUAUAAAUAGUCUUGAUCGAGCCUGUAAGGAGCACGACAUUGCUUACUCGAGGAGCAGUGAUACAUCGAGCAGAGCAGUAGCAGACAACAUUUUGGCAGAUCAAGCUUGGAGUGUGGUAAAAUCUGCAGACGCAGGAGUACUCGAGAAGGCUGCAGCACUAGCAGUGACCAACAUCAUGAAGGCUAAAGCAAAGUUUGGUGGAGGAGUACACCGCAGACGUAAGACAACAAAGACUCGUAGUCAAAAACGAGUAAAGAGAUGUUCUGGUAAAAAAGGUAAAGGACUCUACCUGAGACAACAGCGCAGGACGCAGGGAAAUGGGGCACGUCGCCGUCAAUGUGGCGGCAAGAGAAGACGCUAG